UUCUGGUAGUGGGAUACAUAUGUAAAUGGUACAGCGCAUGUUUGCGAGGUCGCUACGCCACGAAGGUCAGUCAGUUCCAGCUGAAGCAGUGACAGACUUCGGACAUUAUUCAAGGUAAUUUUUUGAUUCUUUAAUACCGAACAGUGACUUGAGUCAAUGAGUACAAACGGAUAAUCGGGGCGCCGUCCUAUAGGAGGAGCAGUGACCAGUCACAUGCACAUGCGCUUAAGCACCCAUGCGCAAUGAUAAGUACUUAAGAAUAGUAUCAAGAUGCUACGCCCUUCCUACCAUUCCGCCAUUCUUCUCAAGUGUUUGAGCUCAUUCGCAUCCCACUGUUCGUCGACAAAUCCAAGUGACUUCUCCUAACAUGUCGAAGGUGCCUUACACGAGGCUGGGGAAUUCUGGCCUGAAAGUGUCCAAAAUCAUACUUGGGACCAUGCAGUACGGCAACAAAGGAUGGCAAGAUUGGGUCCUCGGAGAGGAUGAAGCACUCGAACACAUCAAGGUUGCUUACGAAGCAGGAAUUCAAACUUUUGAUACUGCCGAUACAUAUUCGAACGGUUACUCGGAAGUGAUCCUUGGACGGGUGAUCAAGAAAUUGAAUUUACCCCGCGACGAAAUCGUCGUCAUGACCAAAGUAUUCAACGUGGUCGGACGUGAAUACAAUACCCACCAGCUUGGCGGGCGCAAAGACCCAGAUCAAAAUGGUUAUGUAAACCAGCAUGGCCUCAGCCGGAAGCACAUCUUCGCAAGCGUGAAAAAGAGUUUGGAGCGGCUUCAAAUGGAUUAUAUCGACGUUCUACAAUGCCACAGAUUCGACAAUGAAACACCGAUGGAAGAGACGAUGCAAGCAUUGCACGACGUAGUCCAAGCUGGCUAUGUCCGCUACAUCGGAAUGAGUUCUUGCUGGGCGUACCAGUUCCAAGCUAUGCAGAACUAUGCGAUCACAAACAAGCUCACUCCCUUCAUCUCCAUGCAGAAUCACUAUAGCCUACUCUAUCGCGAGGAGGAGCGCGAGAUGUUCCCUACUCUCAAGAUGUUUGGUGUUGGCUCAAUUCCAUGGUCUCCACUGGCUCGUGGUGCCCUCACACGCCCUCUUGGGCAGCAGACAAGCAGAGGUCAAGCUGAUUGGUUCAUUGGGAAUUAUGCCCAAGCAUCGUCAUACGAAACUAUUAUUAACCGGGUCGAGGAACUUGCUAGAAAGAAAGGUGUGACCAUGGCUCAAAUAGCCAUAGCAUGGAUCUUGACAAAGGAAGGGGUAUCGGCUCCUAUUGUCGGAACCACGAGUAUCGCAAAUCUUAAAGAUAUCAUUGCUGGAAUAGAUGUGAAACUUACGGUGGAGGAAAUAAAGUUCCUCGAGGAAGAGUACAAACCAACUGCUGUGAUUGGUCACUUCUGAGCGGUUCAACAAUGUACGGCUCUCAGAUACAUAUUAAUUCCGAUUCGCUGCUUUCUCGAUGGACACACUUGAAUAAUACUCACGGGCAGCGAAUGACAACCUGAAGCACAAGACAAAGAACCUGUAAUGCUUCGGAUCCUGCUAUACUCCAAAGUUGUAUCAUUGCUCGGCACUCAGCUGCUGAAACUACGCGCCAAGCGUUUCAACACUCAGAUCCCAGAUUAGCUAUCCAUCACCUGUACCCUACCCACAAGGAUAACAGUGAAUUUUGUAUGCCUGCCAUGAAUUUUUUAUUCCUCAAUCUGCCGAUUGG